GAGAGAGCGCCGCACGAGAGAGAAAGAAACGCGGAGAGAGAGAGAGGGAGAAACGCGGAGAGAGACAACGCCGUUGGCCAUCACCGCCGUCUGCGAGGGAAGAAGCACCACCGGCCGUCGUUAUUUGAUCCGUCGUCACCGCUGAGCGGAGAUCGGAGUAGCACCACCGCCAUCAGUAACAGAGGCGACGAGCCGAGCGGAGAUCGGAGGAGCACCACCGCCAUCUGCGAGCCAGCACCGCCGUUCGACUAACCUCCAUCGCCUAAGCCAUCCUCCGUUCGCCACUGCCGACGCGUCGCCGACCGCGCCGGCGUCGCGCCGCAGUCGCAUCGCCGCACGGUCGUACCAGCAGUUUGCUGCUAUUGCUCCCACUGCUUCGUGACUCCGUGAGGAACUGAGUUGCUCUGCUGCUCCAAGUGACCAGCAAAGGGUAUGCGUUUUGCUGGUCUUCAUUUUACAUGUUUUUCGAUUCGCAAGCGCUGUAACAAUCUUAAGGAGACGAUCGCUUCUUCACUCACAUGCCACAGUAAAAGACAUAGCAGCUAUUCUGCUAGUCCUUUGGAGUACUAUCAUCCAAUUCUUCAAUCAAAUGGUUUACAGAAUCGGUUCAAGAAUUGGCAACAUUUGAGAAAGGGUAAACUGAUGGCAAGUACUUUCAGUCAGGCUAUUGGUUUUUGGCCACGCCGAAGGGUUCAACUUUGGUUAGAGAAGAUUGGUGCAAUUGAACCAUUCUCUGGCAACUUAGCCACCUGUUGGAGCAACAUCAAGGAAGAGGAAGCUCUUGAGAGAUAUAUGCUUAUUACUGGAAAUCCUGUAUCCAUGCAUGGUUUUCAGGUCCAUCACAAUAUGUACCCAGAAGAUGGCUGGCUUGCGGCUUCCCCUGAUGGAGUAAUCGACACCUAUGCUUAUGGUUUGCCUUCCCGAGGUGUUUUAGAAAUCAAAUGCCCAUUCUUUGGAGGUGAUAUGACCAAGGCUUGGCCUUGUAGUAGAAUUCCCAUUUAUUACAUUCCUCAGGCACAAGGUUUGAUGGAGAUCUUAGAUCGAGAUUGGAUGGACUUGUAUAUCUGGACUACCAAAGGAAGUAGUUUGUUUAGGUUGCAUCGAGAUAAAGAAUAUUGGCAAGCCUUGGAGAUUGCACUUUCUGACUUCUGGUGGAAGCAUGUGCAACCUGCUAAGGAAUUGUAUAAUUGUUCAGAGAUCACAAAUCCCUGUGUUGAACUAAAAUUACUUAGGCCGGAGCCUAGACAUGAAUUAUGUACUUACCUUGUCCAUGAAAGCUUCCGUAUUGUGGUCAAUGACUCUAAGUUGGUGAUGCGUGAAAUUAAUGGUAAACUGCAAAUGUGAUGCUCCACAGGUGGACAGUCAAAUUCAUUCAACUGGAUAAUUAGAUUCCAAGUCAUGGUAGUCUUCUACAAAUUGUGUUGAUCGAGGAUAAAAUUUUCUUCUACUGGAAAGAGAAACUUCAAUUGUAGUUACAUGUUGUGGAUUAGACUGGUGUCUUUUAGGUAUUGAUCUGUGCACACUCUUACUGGAGGAGUGGCAGGUUUUAUCAUCUGGGCAAAGCUGAAAUGCUAACUGCACUCUUAGAAUCUUAGAUGAAAUGCAUGAGGAUGGGGAACGUGUUACAUGCAGGCAUGAUGUGAAUGUUGUUACAAGCAUUUAUGGUGUACUCCACAAAUUUGCCAUAUUCUGAUAGCUUCCACUGGUUGGAUAAUUUGAUUGGUAAGAUGAUGUAGCUAGUGUGCAUAAGCUGACAUAUGAUUACUUCCCGUCUAAACUAUCAGGAUACAAACAGCUUGGUUGGCGUGAGUGGCUGUGCACUCUUGUCCCUUAAGAAAGGAAUAGCAUUUGUAACAAUAAGGUCGGUAGUGGCAAUAAAACGAUACUCAGUUGUUUGUAAUGGCUAUAUCUUUUGUUCCUACAAAUAGAAGAGGUCUGCAAAUCCACUUCUAGUGCACGACAUAUGAAGCAAGGGGCGAAGAGUUUGCAGGUGCAUGAGUGACUGGCUCCUCGCUUGUUUACCAAGAUUUGCCACGGGUUUGAUUCUCUCAGCGAUGUCAAACAUAGUUCUUGGAUCCAACCCAUCGACUAUGAGGAUUGAGGACUGCCGUAUAGGUGUCAAGUUCGUUGGAAUGCAGACUAGUAAUGAAGAUUGUGUUUAGCCUAGAGAAAAACCUGCAAAUAAUUGAACCUCAUAUUUUAGUUGUUUUAUUAACAGUUACUGCAAAAUUUCAGACAUAAUAGCUUUCUGAAAACCUGCCUAAACUUACCUUGUGAAAGGGCAAUAUACAUCCCUAAUGAGCUUAGAACCUCAUAUUUUAUAUUUUAUGAUUUUUUAUAAAAAAAGUAUUUUUAACUUCCA